AAUAGCGACUCUGGUGUAGUAAAACAAUAGGCAUUGAAUGUUUCUGGGCAAUACUAUGCAUUAGGGCAAAAUUAUGGCGGGAGCCAUUGGAGCAACAGCGUCCUGUAUUUUCUGUGAGAUAGCGACCAACUCCAAAUCCCAUACAAUUCUCCACUCUGAUGAUAAGGUUGUUGCUUUUCAUGACAUUAAUCCAUCCGCUUUCAGGCAUUACUUAGUGGUUCCUGUGGAGCAUAUUCCUACUGUUAAUGAUCUUCAGAGAAGAACCGAAGAUUAUUCUUUGGUGAGUCAUAUGUUAGAUGUGGGAAAAAUGUUAUUACUCAGGGAUGCACCUCAUUCAAAGCAGUACAGAUUUGGUUUUCAUCAGCCUCCACUGAAUUCUGUUAACCACCUACACCUUCAUUGUUUUGCACUACCAUAUACACCCAGAUGGAGAUAUAUGAAGUAUUUGUCUUUGGGGCCAAUUGGUUUCAUCGAAGCAGAGAAGUUUUUGGAAAAGAUAAAGCCUGUGCCUGGAGUUCAUUGAAAAGUAUAAAUUAAUAUGAAAUUGUUGUUUAAAGUUAUUCUUGGCUUUUCUUAUUUCUAGAAAGAUGCUUAUUCCAGCUCCCAUUAAAAUUCACCUCUGUUAAAUUUUUUGGUGACUGAAAGUUAGAGUUAUGGCCUCGAGUCUAUAGAUCAUUAUGCAUAUACGAUAUCUUACUUGACAAUUGACAUUCAAAUGGUGAACAGUAAAUUAUAAUGGUAAUUGCUAUAUAUAUUAUAAUAGAAGCCCUUGCAUCAUAAUUUUAACAUAAGUUUAACAUAACUGUGCAAAUUAGAAGUAGAACUCCAGGUUGCGAUGACUACCAAACUAUGCUAACACGUCUAACACUAGCAUCAACAACUUUGUUCAACCUUUAUAAAGAAAUUCAAUAGACUUGAGAAAACACAUCUUGGUUUAGUACUUCCGAACAGUUGUUUCUUUUUUUUUUUUCCACCCAAUUUCUUAGACAUGAGAUGUAUUUGAGACCAGGUUUGAAAUGUGUUAUUCAGACUCAGUGUUUGUUGUUAUCCCCAAAGAUAUGGGAAUGAAGCUGAAAAUACAAUAAACACAAAAAUCAGCUAUGGUUUUCUCAUUGGUUGUCUCUCUCUUUAGAGUGUCUCCAAUGGAGUGGAGAAGUUUUGGGGGAGAUUGUGACAUAGUUGCUUGCAGUUCCAGUAUUGACCUGUCAUGUCCUGCUGUUUGCUGCACUUUUUAGACUAUUGCUUGAAUUUUUUGUUGAAGAUUUUGAUAGAAUUGAUUUGAGAAUACAAACAAUGGAUUAGUCCAAAUGGUAAGGGAUUUGGACCCCAUACGCAAAUGGUAGGGGUUUGGUCUCAGAUUACUGCAUAUGGAAAAUAUUUUGUUGGGUUACUAUUAAACGACAGUGAAAAUUUUGUAUCUAUAAUAUGUUAAUUCUUAAAUAAAAAAUUAUUUUAAGAAUUGAAAGCAAAUAAGGUAGAAGUUAACAAUUGAUUUGUAUUUGGAAAUAUAAAUUAACAUUGAGGAUAAAUUCUAUUGAGCAGAAAAAAUUGAAAUGGCUACUUUCCAAUAAAAUAAUAUUAUAUCCAACUGGAUUAAUUUUUUACCUGUUUCUGUACACACAUCCACGUUUUACUGUUUUAACACGUCUAAUGUACACACAUCCACGUUUUACUGUUUUAGCACGUCUAAGGAUGUUCAAGGGUUAUUCAGAAAGACUGUAGGAGAAUUUAAUCUGCCACCCCUAACUUAUACUGGACAUUCCCUACAUAUUGAGUGAAUUGACUGUAUUAUUUUUCACAACUUUAAAA